AUGGCGACUCGAAGAAAUAACAAAUCCGUGUUUUCGAUACAGCAGAGAUUUGAAAUUGUGCAACAACUAAAAAGUGGCGCGUCUGCCAGGAGAUUAGCAACUAAGUACGAUGUUCACCCCACCACUAUUCGUCGUAUACGACAAAAUGCAGCGGCCUUGUACACGUUCGCGAAGCAAGGGGUCGAAAUGAGGAAACGGAAGAAUAUACGGAAACCAGCGAACGUGGAACUGGACAAUCGGAUAGUGUGCGGGGGACCAGCGAAGCCCAUCUUCAAAGCUAGUAAAGGCUGGCUGUGGAAGUUUAAGAAUCGUCAUGGUAUUCGUUUGUUAAAUAUCAACAAAAAGGAAGAUGGGGAGGUCGUAAACGCCCAAGUAUUUUUAGAUGACUUUGCGCAACGAGUGGAGCAAGAAGGACUCGAGUACAAGAAUAUUUAUACCAUGGAUGUAACUACUCUUUUAUGGAAGGCUAUUCCCAUGAAGAUCUUGAGCGAUGAGCAAAACAUCGAGAGAAUACAAUUGGAAAAAGAUCGAGUAACCGUGGGCUUAUGCGUCAAUGCUACAGGAGGCCACAAGCUUGCUCCUUUAUUUAUUCAUAAAAUAAAAAAUCCAAAAGAACUGAAACAUGUUAAAGAUAAUUUGCCAGUCAUUUUCAAAGCACACUCGCGAGCUUGGAUAGAUCAAGAAAUAUUUACGGAUUGGUAUAAGAAUCAUUUCAUACCAGCUGUGAAAACACAUCAAUUAGGUACCUGUGAUAAAGUUAUCCUCCUCCUGGAUAACUAUCGACACAAUCUCCAAUUGACUGAAGAAUUCCAGCAGGAUGAUCAAUUUCAAAUCGUACGCUUACCCCCCAAUGUUACCUCCCUCCAACCUAUGAACCAGGAACUAAUCGAAAAAACCAAGAUGUCCUUUCGCCAUAAAAUGCUGGACCGGGUGUUAAGUUUUCCUGGCGGGGCGCGUGAAUUUUAUUUCGACUACGAUCUUAAAGAUUGCAUUGAUCUGUUGCACGAUGCAUGGGCGGGAAUUAGCGCCACGAAUAUUCGAAAUACGUGGAAGAAGGUUAUCAACCAAAUCCCCGAAGAAAACACGACAAAAGAGGAACCAGAGGAUCCGUUGGAGCCUAACUUACAUGAGAUCAUUGGUGUGAUCACUGGGGACCAAGUAUACGAAGAAAGCGUCAAUGAAUUUUUGUCGCGGUGCACGGAAAAGGAGAACAAUUUCUUUGAAGAGGAAUCGUCGUCUUCGAGAUCGGAUUCGAUACCUUACGAAGAAGAUCUGGAGAAAGCAUUUACACAUCUGACGAAGUGGUCCGAACGAGAACCUGAUUUUAUCAGGUUACAAGUACAAUAUCUGAGAGGCUAUUAUAAACAAAAACGAUGUUAA